ACUCGUCCUUAUUUUGGCCUCCUCCUUGGAUAGGCUGUUCCCAUUGGCCCCCCGUCCAUGUAUUGUCCAUAAAGAGCAUUCGCGUAUCACAUCACGGGCUCUAGCGCGUGGUGCUCUGUGCGUCUUGAACGCACGCACUCUGUUGUCCGCGUGCGUCCUCGUAGCCGCGCGCCUGGGUGCGCGCUAGACCCGUCCCUCUACAGCAGAGAACAGCAGCGCGUCCAUCCUGCCGUGGAGCCGGGAGCGUGGAGCUGCCAGGAGAGAACCGAGAGCGAGCGACAGAAGAUGGACGGAGUGGGAUCGUUCGGAGCGGGCCGAACCGGGUCCACCAUUGACCCCAUAGCCUUUGCCAAACAACCAACUACCAUCCUCAGAGUGCUAACCUGGAUAUUUUCCCUGGUGGUGUUUGCAUCUAUUGUGAAUGAGGGUUAUGUUAACUUGGGCAGUGAGCGUCUCCACUGUAUCUUCAAUAAAAAUGCAGACGCAUGCAACUAUGGUGUGUUUGUGGGCCUGGUCGGUUUGCUGGCAAGUUCCUUCUUUUUCCUCGUCGAUUACAAGUUCUCCUCCAUCAGUUCUGUCAAAGACAGGAAAAAGGCUAUAAUGCUGGAGAUUGGCUUUUCAGGUUUCUGGACCUUCUUGUUCUUUGUCAGUUUCUGCUUUCUGGCCAAUCAGUGGUCUCGAACCACGCCUGAUAUGCUGCCACUGAACCAGGGAGCAGAUGCCGCCCGAGCUGCUAUUGCUUUCUCUUUCUUCUCCAUUAUAACCUGGGCUGGUCUAACGGUCCGUGCCGUGCAAAAAUACCUUCUCGGCACAGACAUGACCCUUUUCACCACAGAACACAUGGAUGGCGGUGCACCUUCCCAACCAUACCCCUCCAACUCACCAGGGGGCGGCACCACUGAGACCACAGAGACAUACCAGAGCCCACCUUUUACUGAGAACAAUGCAGCACCUACAUACCAGGUUCUUUUUAAAGAUAAUGCAGGCUGACCACGCCUACAGGAAGUAACAACAGCUGAUAUACGACACGUCACCACCAACACCGGUGACAGUUCUGAAGAUGGCUUGCAGCUAGCAGCUGAAACAUGUCAACAAGGUAAACACACUUUACUGCAUUGUCUUUAAAAAGAACCCAAGAAGUUAAAGGUUGUCUUUUUGAUCGCAAAAACACUGACAUUGACAAAAAGGAAAAAUUUACCGUAUCAAUCAGUAUUAAACUUAAAAACCUCUCUUAUUUUAUCAACUUUGCACCUUUAAAGAGUGUCAAAACUGUCAUGCCAAUCGAAACAGGGACGGUUCGAUCUGUAAUACGACAUCACGAGCUGGAGUGUGUAGUUUAUCCCUGCAAUGACUUAAUAUGAUAACAUGUAUUGAUUCUGCAUGUAGACAUCAACUAAGUGCCAUGCUGUACUGUGACUCACACAGUGUUUUGGUAACAUUAUAAUAACUAAACUAAAUAGUCUUAAUAAAACAUGAACAAAGACUUAAUUCAUACUGAGCAAAUAGUUAAUUAAGAAUGACUCAGGGUUUGUAACUACUUAAUUAAACUUAAAAGCAGCUACAAAACCUGAAUCAUUCUUAAUUUAAUAUUUGUAAUUAAGUCAUUGUUCGUGAUUUAAGACUAAUUACGUUGAAGUAAUUAUAAAAAGGUACCAUGUUUUGAUUUAGUAGGUUUCCACAUGCUGUUAAAAAACAAAAAUCUAAAAAACAUUGUGACCAAGUGCAAUAUAUCAUGUUUUAUGUACAGCGGUUUUAAGUGUAUUCUGUACUGUAGGUAGGCAAGUUACUGUGGAUUCAUUUAAUUCUUGGCACUGUCUCAAAUCAUAUACUAGUUUAACUGCAUUAAAAUCUCAGGCAUGUGUUUUAUUUCCAAUUUAAGACUGAAAAAUACACAUCUCUAGCUAUUACCUCCAACUCUAGCUCAAGUCAAGUCAUAUUUCGCCCAUAUAGUCUUCCUUCGCGAUACCAAUUUCAACAAUAUUACAAAGAUCUUACCGUAGUAUCAGUUUGUGUACAGUCGUACCAUGGAAUGUAUGCAGUAUGUAAUUUGAGACAGUGUCCACAAUGUUGAGUGUUGUGUCAUUAAAUAUAAGAGUGAAUGAAGAGGUUCUGGAUAAGUCAGGUUUUUUAUGUUUACGUUGUAGAAGCUGCCAAACUGCCCUCUGUUAUUUCUUAUUACUGAGUAUCACAGUAGUACUACUUAUUGUUUAUGUAAUAUUAUGUAAUCAUACAGUCUACGUGUGGGCGGGGGUAAAAUAUUGAGCGAGAGAGAUGUUGAAUGAUUGGGCACAGUCUCAGGCAAAAUAAGAAUCAGUUUGUGGGAUGCUAAACUGUCGUUAGCUGACAAAUUCAUUGAUUCUGCGAUCGGGUUAUUGGGAGGAGA